AGCAGGAGUCAGGAGCAGCCGCAGACUCCGGUCUCCGCUCGUCAGACAAAGAGGAGCUGAGUUCAAGAUGACCACAGAGGAGAAGAGAUUCGACCCCAAGGACACCACACUGAAAUUCGUUAACAGGCCUGACGAUCUAGAUCCAAUGCCCCCAGAAGAAGGAGACUUGUGUCUCCGAGCAGAGAUGUCGUGUGGUCAUGCCGUCACCCCAGGGUCCCUCACCGGGUGGUGUCGCAGCCUCCUGGAUCAGGGCCAGUACAAAUUUAAGUGCCCCGCUUUAAAGGACGGCAGCUUGUGUAAUAAAGAGUGGUCUUAUCAGGAGGUGCGCAAGCUGGCAGUGCUGACCACUGAAGAGAUGGCGUACUUCGAAGAGAACAUCGCUCGCAUGGCUGCCGUGGAAUUCUGUGAAUUCAAAGCAUGUCCUGGCUGCAAGACCUAUGUGGAGCGAGAAGACCUGACUGACCUCAGUGUGGCGUGCACAGUCUGCCAGGAGGACAGUGUGGAGCAGUACGUGUUCUGCUGGCAGUGUCUGAAGAAGUGGAAAGGCCCGAUGCCACGCUCUGACCGCUGCGACAACGACGGCUGCGUCAACCACAACCUGGAGCUCCUCCAGAAGUGUAAGGACACGACUCUCCCUCAAGUGCAGGGCGUGGACAAGGUUCCCUCCAUCCGGGCCUGCCCCACCUGCGGUCAGCGCGUGGAACACGACAGAAGCGGCUGCAAGAACAUCAUCUGUCCUCGCUGCCAGGUGGAGUUCUGCUUCGUGUGUCUGCAGCUCACCACCGAGUGUCUGAAGACGAGCUCCUACUUCAUCCCCUGCAGAGAUGGCGUGGCCCCCAGACAAACCUCCAUACCUGUGUGGCACCACAACUAACAGGGAACAUGCAUAUAGACACACUCGCUGUGCAGGCUGUACCCUUCUUGUGAUUUUUCCUAUUCACUGAUGUUCUUACUGUAGCUUUAAGAAAAAGUUUUGACUUAUAUUUUCUCACUUAAACUGAAACGAAUAACGAAUCUCCUGUAUUAUCCUAUAAUGUUCAAUACACAAUGAUCUAAUCUCUGCUCUCUGACAGUAAAUCGUUUACAACUGUA